AUGGAUCCCGCGGAGGGCCUCUUAAAGGGAUUGCUGUACCUGUGUUCUUGUGAUCAGCCCCACUGUGCCCCUCGCCAUCCCAGGCCCCACCCCCUGCACCGCCCCACUCCGCCCCUCUCCAAGCCUUUGCAUUUCUCGUCCCCGCCCUUGCUCAGCUCCGCCUUGCCUCACCCCGCCCUUUGCUAUGCCAGGCUGGCCCCCGGUACAUUCCCGCUCCGCCCCUUCCCACUCCAGGCCCCGCCCCUGCGUAGCCCCGCCCCUGGGCGCCGUUUCCUGUCCAAACGGAAGAGGCUCUUUCGGAGCGACGAUCACACGAGCUCAGAGUGGUCCGCCCGGCCUCCCCCUCUCCGGCCGGUGACCCACCUGCCCCCUUUCCUGGGGGAGCCCUUCCCCGACCCCUCCCCGGAGAGGCCCCGCGGGGUGGUCGCCUGCGCCCCCAGCCCGGUCCCCUGGGCUCUCAGAGCGGCGCCGGCCUUGCCCCAUGCCGCGAAUCAGGACUCAGUGGCUGUUGAGGAUGUGGCUGUGGACUUUACCCAGGAAGAGUGGGCACUGCUGGAUCUUUCUCAGAGGAAACUCUACAGAGAUGUGAUGAUGGAAACCUUCAGAAACCUGACCUCGCUAGUGGUACGAUUUGUGAAAAAUGACACCUGGUCCUCCAUGGUAGGAGAAGUCUGCAAACUGCAUGGCGUUGAAGAUCAGAAUUACAACCAGAAAAUGCAUGUGAGCAUGCUGUCUGUUUUUAAGAGAAAACAUAUGGUAGAGAACAUCUGUGAAACUAAUGAAGACAAUCAACGUGAACAGACCUUCAGUCGGAUUCCAAAUCUUUUCAUGUUCCAGAGAUCUCCAGUGGAAGCAUAUCCCUCUGAAUGCUUUGAGUGUGAAAGAUCCUUGAUUGUUCAUUCCUCACUUAAGCAUCAUAUGAGCUCCCACUCUGGAUCCAGUGCCUAUCAGGGAAAAGAAUGUGGAGAAGCCUGCAGUUGUCCCUCUCACCUCCGCACUCCUGUGAGGACUUUUACUAGAGGGAAACUCUAUGAAUGUAAAGAAUGUGGCAAAUCCUUUAGUCGGUCCUCCUAUCUCACUGUACAUAUAAGAACUCACAGUGGAGAGAGACUGUAUGAAUGUAAGGAAUGUGGCAAAGCCUUUCGUUAUUCCUCAAGCUUCACUAGACAUAAGAGAAUUCACAGUGGAGUGAGGCCUUAUAAAUGUAAGGAAUGUGGGAAAGCCUUUAUUAGGUCUUCAGACCUUAUUGUUCAUGUAAGAACUCACAAUGCAGCGAGGGUUUAUAAAUGUAAGGAAUGCAGCAAAGACUUUUGUCAUUACUCAGGUUUCACUAGGCAUAUGAGAGCUCACACUGGAGAGAGGGAUUAUAAAUGUAAGGAAUGUGGGAAAGCCUUUAAUCAGCGUUCAGACCUCACUGCACAUGGAGGAAUUCACAGUGGAGAAAGGCUUUUUGUAUGUAAGGAAUGUGGGAAAGACUUCAGUUGGUCCUCAGACCUCACUGCACCUAUAAAAAUUCACAGUGGAGAGAGGAUGUAUGAAUGUAAGGAAUGCAGCAAAACCUUUAGUCGUCCCUCAGACCUUGCUAGACAUAUGAGAACUCACAGUGUAUUGAUGCUUUAUGAAUGUAAGGAUUGUGUGAAAGCCUUUAGUCGGCCCUCAGACCUCACUGCACAUAUAAGAACUCACAGUGGAGAGAGGCUGUAUAAAUGUAAGGAAUGUGGCAAAGCCUUUUGUUAUUCCUCAAGCUUCAGUAGGCAUAUGAGAACUCACCAUGGAGAGAGGGCUUAUAAAUGUAAGGAACGCGAGAAAGCUUUUAGUCAGUCCUCAGACCUCACUGCACAUAUAAGAAUUCACCGUGGAGAGAGGCUUUAUGAAUGUAAAGAAUGCGGCAAAGCUGUUCGUCAUCCCUCAAACCUUCGUAGACAUAUGAGAACUCACAGUGGCGAGAGGCCUUAUGAAUGCAAGGAAUGUGGGAAAGCCUUUAGUCAGUCUUCACACUUCACUGAACAUAAAAGAAUUCACAGUGGAGAGAGGCCUUACGAAUGUAAGGAAUGUGGCAAAACAUUUAUUAGGUCCUCACACCUCACUGUACAUAUAAAAAUUCACAGUGGAGGGAAGCCUAAUGAAUGUAAGGAAUGCGGCAAAGUUUUUAAUUGUUCCUCAAACCUUCGUAGACAUAGGAGAAUUCACACUGGUGAGAGGCCUUAUGAAUGUACAAAAUGUGGGAAGGCCUUUAAUCAGUACUCACACCUCGCUACACACGUGAUAACUCACUAUGGAGAGAAGCCUUAUGAAUGUAAAGAAUGUGGGAAAGCCUUUCGUAGGUCCUCAGACCUCACUGUACAUAUAAAAAUUCACAGUGGAGGGAAGCCUAAUGAAUGUAAGGAAUGCGGCAAAGUUUUUAGUUCUUCCUCAAAGCUUCGUAAACAUAUGAGAAUUCACACUGGUGAGAGGCCUUAUGAAUGUAAGGAAUGUGGGAAAGCCUUUCGUUGGUCCCCAGACCGCACUGUACAUAUAAAAAUUCACAAUGGAGAGGUGCCUAAUGAAUGUAAGGAAUGCGGCAGAGUUGUUAGUUCUUCCUCAAACCUUCGUAGACAUAUGAGAAUUCACACUGGUGAGAGGCCUUAUGAAUGUAAGGAAUGUGGGAAGGCCUUUAAUCAGUACUCACACCUCACUACACACGUGAUAACUCACUAUGGAGAGAAGCCUUAUGAAUUUAAAGAACGUGGGAAAGCCUUUCGUCAGUCAUCAUAUUUUAAGUCACAUAUAAGAACUCAGCAGAGAGAGGCCUUAUGA